AUGUCCUUCUAUUUAUUUAGUAUUUCGUUAGUUCGAGUGAAAUCUCAAUUCUGCCAAGGGAUUCCUCAAUAUAAUCAAUGUUCGUUAAAUAGUGCAUGUGCCUGUUUCCAUAUAGCAGGUGCUAUUAACACUGGCAUUUGUACCGCUAUAUCCACAGAUUGUUCUAAGCUAGUUGCAUGUAAAAGCCCAGACAAUCUUUGUGAUGAACCUAAUCAAAGAUGUAUUCAUCAUCCUCUAUGUCAUAAUCGUCCUGUUUGUUAUCCGGUGCCCAGAUUCAAUCAACAACUCUGUCCACCGAUAGCAAUGACGAACACUUCAACAACAACGUCAAUGCCAACUACAACGUCAAUGCCAACUACAAUGUCAAUGCCAACUACAACGUCAAUGUCAACUAUAACGACAACUGCAAGAACUACUCAGCAACUAGUAAUUCCCAAUAUUCCAGUCGAUGCCCGAUGGGCACAGAAUGGAGUGACUGUUGCUGGAGGUCAUGGAGAAGGCAGUGCUACCAAUCAACUCAGGGAGCCUUGGGGUCUCUUCAUUGACGAUGAUCAAACGAUGAUCAUCGCUGACUUCUACAAUCAUCGUAUCAUCCAAUGGAAGGUGGGUGAUACGAAUGGACUAGUAGUAGCUGGUGGCAAUGGCCCAGGAAAUCGAUUGAAUCAAUUGUAUUGGCCAACUGAUGUAUUGAUUGACAAAGAAGCAGAUAGUCUCAUUAUUUGUGAUCAAUGGAAUCUACGUGUCGUACGAUGGUCUCGUCGUAGUGGUACAACUCAAGGAGAAAUCCUCAUCGACAACAUCACUUGUGCAGGAUUGGCCAUGGAUGAUCAGAGAUAUCUCUACAUCUCUGACGCCACCGAACAUGAAGUUAGACGAUAUAAAAUAGGAGACAAGAAUGGAACUAUUGUGGCUGGUGGCAAUGGCCAAGGUGCUGGUCUCAAUCAACUCAACUUUCCGACCUACAUCUUUGUCGAUCAACAACAGACUGUCUACGUGUCAGACAAGAAAAAUCAUCGUGUAGUGAAAUGGAAUAAAGGUGCAAAAGAAGGAAUUGUCGUCGCUGGAGAUCAAGGCAAUGGAACUGCUCUGACACAAUUGUCGUAUCCUCAAGGACUGUUCGUCGAUACAUUGGGUACCAUUUAUGUGGCAGACACGGGGAAUCGUCGAGUGAUGCGUUGGCCUACAGGAGCGAAACAGGGCACUGUCAUUGUCGGUGGAAAUGAUGUAGGAAACGGAGCUAAUCAGUUCAACGGUCCAAUCGAUUAUGGUAUUGCUAAACGUGAUAAAAGGGAACCGGCUGUUAUGGGUCAUGUUCCUGAUGGAAUUCCUCCACUAGCUGGAGCUAUCGUAACAAGAUCUAAAGCGAAACAAUUACAAUUAAAACAGGAUCAAAAUUCAACAACAACACCAACAGAUAGAAAUAAGAUAACAUUACCACCAAUAGAAGAAGAAACUGAUCAAAUGAAAGAAGAUCCAUCACAAAUUAUUGCAAAAAAUACACUGGAUAUAGAACUAUUAAAAAUUGAACAAGGAAAAGAUUCGGAUAUUCAACACACAAUUGCAGAAGUUAUGAAAAAUCCAAUUAAAAGUACUUAUGAAUUCAAAGAUGGUUUAUUAUAUAAGUUAAUGAUUAUGCGUGAAGGUUGUAAUACGAAGAAAAAAUUGAUUUAUUUGCCUUCAUCUAUGAUUAACGAUCUUUUACAAGUUUAUCAUAGUGACCCUCUUAGUGGUCAUUUUGGAGUCCAACGAACAUAUUUGAAAAUUAAAAAUAAAUAUUGGUGGCCGAAUAUGAAGCAAUCUAUUACACAAUAUAUACAAUCAUGUUUACCUUGUCAACAAUAUAACAUUAGUAGAUCGAAGAAACCUGGUCGAUUACAACCAAUCCCAUCACCUGAAGGACCAUUUCAAUUAAUCGGUAUGGAUUAUUGUGGUCCAUUUAAACAAACUCCACGUGGUAAUCAAUAUGUACUAUGCCUUACGGAUUAUUUCACAAGAUGGGUGGUUGCUGCUGCUGUACCUGAUUGCUCAGCUCAGACUACCGCUGAAGCAUUAUUUAAUGACUACAUUUGCAAGUAUGGGGUACCGGCAGUCAUAUUAUCCGAUCAAGGAACGCACUUUCAUAAUCAAUUAAUGGAAGCAAUGUCGAAAUUGAUUGGAUAUAAUCAUACUUAUUCAACCACAUACCAUCCUCAAUCAAAUGGAAUGAUAGAAAGGUUCAACGCAACGUUUGUACCUCAAAUUGCUAAACUUCAAGACAAAGAGAACAAUAAUUGGGAUGAAUUUCUGUCACCUGUAGUAUUUGCAUAUAAUACAGGAACACAUUCAACAACUCAGUAUUCACCAUUUCAAUUAUUAUAUGGUCGAGAACCAAGAUUACCUACUGAUGGAAAAAAAUCAUCAUUUACAUUUCGAAAACCAAAUGAUUAUUAUGAGCAAUUAAAGAAAAGUAUGAAAUUGAUACAUGGAUAUGCUCGUGAAAAUAUUAUUCGUAAACAACAUCAAUAUAAGACUCAAUAUGAUAAACGACGUCCUGAUCCUCAUUAUACAAUUAAUGAUCGUGUUUUAGUCAGAAGACAUGGAUUAAAAUAUAAAUUAGAACCAAAAUUUUCAAUUACACCACAAAUUAUUAUUCGUGCACAACAUCCUGUUUACGUUGUUCGAGAUGAAAUAACUCAAAUUGAAACACAAGUGCACAUAAAUGAUAUUAGACCCAUUUAUGUUUCAAAAUUAAAUUAA